AUGUCACCACCAGAGUUACCUCGCGAGCUGGUGUACGAAAUAGCUCGUCAUCUCAUUUCUCCUCCGGCCCACGUCAAGUACGACCUCAAAAAACUCGAAUGGCCUUGUAUUCAAAGCAUGUCUAUCUCGUCUCGUUUGUUCAGGAGAGCUGCGCUCGACUGCUGGUUCGCAUCUAUAUUUAUUAGAGAGAGGUCUGACUGGAAGGACAUUGAAAGGUUCGCCCCCAUUAACCUACUUCAGACUGUAUCACGUAUCCAUAUCUUCCCUGCCGCACUCGACCCACAAGCUGUAACACGGUUAAAGCGAUAUGAGAAUCUUAAAAUACUCUCUGUCAACAUGCACGUCGCCUGGCAGGAGUCUCCAGAGAACUUUCACUUGGUCAGACUGCUCGUACCAUGCAUACCUCGAUCGAUUAUUGCUCUUGAGAUCUCGUGCGUGUCUGUGGAACAGUUUCAAGAUUUAGAACCGCUCUUGGCCAAUAUAGCGGGGAAUUGUCCUUCUUUAAGACGACUUGGCCUUUACAGUGCUGCAUCCGAUUGCAAAGAGUGCAUCGACGAGACCAGACUCCCUUUUCCAAUACCAACGCGGUCUGCCGGUCAACUAGCGGAUGCGUUAGCGCAGGCUCUUUCAAACCUAAAGUACAUCCGAUCUCUAUCACUUCCCAUUCAUCUUUCCCAGGAAGAGAUUUGUAUCGCACAUCUCACCGGGCAUCCAAUCAUGCCUGUGAACGAGCGGACGCCUGAGUCUAACUGCGACAAAUGCGUCAAGGAAUUCGGGACUAGCACACACAACAAUGAGAAGGUUGUGGCUGAAACUCUUGCUCAAAGACUAAGAUCACUCGAUAGUAUUCAUUUUGGGAGCUGGGUGUACGGAAGAGGAAGAGGCGGGGUGCAUUUUGUGCGUCCUCCCAUUGGUUCGGAGCUGAAAUACCAGCUAGUGCCAUCGUACAUCGGCACGCAACAGUGGGAUAGUGGACGAGUUUGGAUAAAAACCGAGAAAAAGAAUCGGGCUUAA